AAUAGCACAAGACACAAAGUACAAAGUAUGGACCAGCAAGGAAAAUGCAACAAUUCAGAUUUUAUAGAUUUUUCAACGUUGCGGUCGAACGAGGCCACGAAUUUAAUCAACAGCACUGGUGCUUGGCUGUUAAAUGAAAAGCCUGGGGCCUUUAUCCCAGAAGAAGAGCUGAAGAUUCGGAGUGAGGUCGAGAUGGAUAUAGAGAGAGACUUAGAGGAAGAAAUCAAAGAUGGAAUCUGCCAUCUUGCUCUCAGAUUGCACAGGCUUUAUCAACACCAAAAGGAAAGAAGAUCAAGUUAUGCUGCUGCUCUUGCUGCUAGAGAUGAAAGAAAGAUGGAGAAAGCAUUUUGUGAGGUGAAUAUAAACAUCAAAAUGGAAGGAGGAACCAAGAUUGAAAUAAAAGAGACCAAGAAACCAGCACCUCCUGAUCAAAAGGGUAGUGGUCCUAAUUGGUCUGGUUCAAGAUCAGAAAAUUAUGUGCAACCAUUUGUGAAGAUGGCUAGAAAUUCCAAGAAGUUUGAUUGGGCCAAAACUCUGAGGUCAAAUGUUGGCCCUGUAGCCUUCACAAAGAAACAAUGGAAGCCCACAUGAACUUGUGAAGGGUCUUGACAAAGAAAGCAUAUAGGCACUGAACUGAUAACAGCUUCUCUCAACUGGGAUGGAAAGUUAGAGAUUGUUUUGGUUUGUUAAGGGUCUUGAGGUUUCUUUGACAUGACAAUAAUUUCAGUGCUGUUGGGAAGUGCUGAUGAGAUAUGUGAUUUUUUUAUAA